UGGAAGAGAACUAGAACACGGACUCUGACUCUAUUUUUGAACAAUGUAAAGAGAUAUUAUUCAUUUAAAACCCACAAAGAUCUUAUUUAGUGCGUCAUUUAAACGGAAAGUUUAGUAUUGUACAGACAAACGUGUAUUUCCGGGGCGGCUCAGAUGUAGCCUAGAUGAUGUCUUUGCUUUACGCUGUUGAUGAAUGCAUCAAAAUGUGCAAAGCUGAAGAAUUAAGACUCGCAGAAACCAUCAGACAGUGCAAAGACGUUUUACGCUCAAUGAGGAUGUGUGUGACCGACGUCAGUGAACUGGAACCCGCAGGUACCAAAGAUGAUAUCAUGCCUGAAGAAAAACAAGAAAUCGAACUGCUGAAUCAAGUUUUGAAGAAAGCCCUGAAAAUUCGCAGCUCGUCUGAGGCUCAUAAGGAACUUUCAUCUGACGGUGACAUUAGCACCUUUCCCAAGAAGAGCAGAAACAAACCGGCUGUUAAUGACGAUGUUAAAGAACUUAAUCACCGCAUGCGAUCGGCUGGAAGCAGCGUUACCCGUGGGGGAAUGUGGACGCGGCCUGUUCUGGUCCGGAAAGGAUCGUCUGCUCAUCCGUUUGUCAAGGGAAAGCAGUCCGUUCAGAAGAACGCUCCGGUGAAGAUCUCCACAACAUCCCAGUCAAAGAUCUGUGAUUUUAAAACCACAAACGCUGAAGGGCCAUCGGGAGAUCAAUCCACGUCAAACUCCUGUAAGCCUCGGUGUGAAGAUGUGCCUGUGUCUGACAAACAUCAAAAAUCAAAUGAACAAUGGAUACAGUCUCCUUUGUUACCACUUUGGAGAUCACAGAGGACAAAACAGAGCAGAUUGUGGAACAAAAUACUAACCCAUCAAUCCAAGCCGGUACCAGAGAGAGCUCAUUUCACAGAGAGACUUCGAUCAACUUUUCCAUCAGAAUGGCCUUCUGGAUGUCCCGCCGAUGCCAGAACAAAGCUGGAGGUGCUGACGCAGCGCUCUUUGGACUUGACGCACAGCUUUCAUAGCGAGUUACAGAACCAGCAGGCUGACCAGAGCCGCCCGGCACGAUCAGAGCCAGGGGCGAACGCCGAGAGAUGGUACGAGUCUUCGCUGAUGCUGGAAGGUCUGGAGAGGAUGACUGAAGAACUUCUCACAUGCACAGAUCGUCAGAAGAAAGACUGGGACAAGUGGAGCAAGCAUCACUCUGAAACUCUGUGUCCCGUCCGGAGGAGAGGGGAAUGGGAUGAACCAGAGGGUCCCAGCCUGCCGCCCGUCCUGUUCUACGCCAAAGAGACUGAACUGAGAGAACUGGAAACCAGAAGACUUCGAAUGGAACAACUACAGCAGGCUGUCAAACUUCAUCAGGCGAUGUCUGAUAGUCUCUCAUCAUACUGGACUUCUAUGGAUUCGGGAACGGAGCGGCCCAGCGCUGUGGUUCUGCGCGGCCUGUACUCGCUGCUGGCAGAGGGAGGGCUGCAGUUCCCGUCGCUGGUUUUGGACUCUGAGUCAGAAUAGGCAAAAAUGACAUUAUUAGGGUAAUUUGAUCACAUUUCAUGGAACGCAGCAGGGAAAAUGUCACUGAUGCGGAGACGCUCGUUUUGAGAUGGAUAGCUUUCUGGACCGCAUUUGUUGGUAUUUCCGUGUCGAGUGUGUGCUGUGUGAAUCUGGGGCUCAAAUGCUGACUUGACUGUGAUAUGAAAGAGUGCAGCUGGCCUUCAGAAAGGAGAAUAAAGCCUCCAGCUGAUUUCUCUCAAGUACCAUGAGUCAGGAUUUCAUUUCAUCUGUAUACAUUGUUUUUUUUGGGGGUCACGGCUGAGUUCUUCCUGUCUGAAUUGAAACAACUUAACAAGUCAAAUCACAGGUGUCUCUUGAAUACUGCUAGAGUUAUCCAGUGUCGUCGUGAAGUGUUGUGCUUGUGCCAGGGUGAAGUGUACUUUAUGCUGUCCUGAAUGUUUUAAAGCGGGCGUAACACACGGGGUUUCUGCCAAUCUCAUAUUAAUCUUGAGUACCCAUAGAGUAGUAUUGCAUACGUCAUAUCUUCAAAGAGUAUUAAGUUUGAUCACAUUUAUAAAAGAUAGAUACAGCUUUACGAUUGUUUCCGAAAAUAUACGGUGAGUGCGGGGGGAGGGGUAGGCUGAACCAAAGCACGUUCGCACCCAUUGUCAACAAAACACACCCAUCUCUCUCUCCUGCACAAAAGUGAAAGUGACGUCUGCGCAUGCUCCUUCUCCUGCUCUCUAUGCUGCCACGUGGGCGUGCCGGUGCUUUUCCGGGAGAAUUGUCCAAUAAGGGACUAAGAAAAAUUGUUACAAAACAGUUUUAUAUGUUCGAAAAAAACUUUCCGAAACCUGUACGAUCGAUGGGGGAGUGUAUUGAGCACAGAAAUACUACGCAAUACACCCAACUCGUUUUUUGACAAGUUGACAAAGUUAAGCAUGAGAAGACGGCAGGUUUAACAUUAUAAAGAAGUCAGGAUGCAUGAAACACCGUUGCACGGCCGCUUUAACGAUAGAAGGGUUAUUUAUUCAUAAUCGAAAAUUGACCAUUUACUUGAUAAACUCCCAAAGACAUACUCUAACUUUAACAAUCAACUGCGACAAGACAUUCAGUAAGUCUUUUCACAUCUCACUCCGAUUCCCUAAUUCAAUACUGUACGACUGCAAUUUACGUGUGCACUCCUGACAAAAAAAUGUGUAGUGACAACCAAAAGUGCAUACAGCACUAAACUGAGCAAGUAACUCAUUUCAAAUUUUUAUUUUUUUUUGGAACUCAAAAAGCAGAAACAGCAUCAGUCACACCUUCAUUGGAUCUUUCUUUCAUGCAAUCCAUGCAAAUGUUGACUGAGGUUGAUCUGCCUAAUAUCUAAUAUGGUUUUCAGUAAAAAUAAAGUCACAUGGCUUUGGAAUGACAUUUUUUCAGAAAAUUUAAUUUGGGUGCACUUUUAAGCAAUAUUGAUAUAUUCUCAAUUGUUUCCAUUGGAUUAUGUAUAAGAUAAUCACAAGCACAGGUGGGUGAUAAAUAUCAUCUUUCACAACUUGAUUUUGUUGUUUUGCGACUCUGUAACUGUCAUUUGUCCAGUCUUUAUGUUGUGAACAUUUACAUUCCCUAUUAGCAAACAUUAUUGAUGUGGCUAUAAUAUAUGCAGGUAUUUAUGAAUCUAAAUUAUGUACACUUGAUAUCUACACUGUAAAGCCUUUUUUCUAUUCUUUUACAAUUUGUGUUGAACCUACAUGUGUUGUUGUAUUGCAAUCAU